CCUGUCAAAAUUUCAUGACUUGUCAGUGUCAAUAUUUUUGAAAAAGAUUUGUAUUGAAGACAAAUGUAUUAAAUUCUCUGAAAUUUCUUGCACUUUUAAAAAUGGAUAUGUUUAAUAAGAUUUCGAGUAAAAUAUACUCACAAGUGACGAGUCAUGUUAGUACAACGAUGUCGCAAUUAUCGGUUGUACUUCCUGGUAAUCCAGUAACAAGAGAAUUUGAUGCAACUUCUCAUAUUGCAUCAGCAGGUCCAGGUCUUAUGUGGAAAAUUUACAGUGGAAGUAAAUUUUCAACAAAACAAGAAGCUUCUAUAUUUGUGUUUGAGAAAAGGCAAUUAGAAAAAUUCAACAAAGCGGAUAGAGACAUGAUAUUAGAUUCGUUGAGGAAAGGUAUUGUGCAAUUAACAAAAAUACGACAUCCUCAAAUUCUCACUGUGCAACAUCCUCUAGAAGAAAGUAGGGAAAGUUUAGCAUUUGCAACAGAGCCAGUGUUUGCCAGUUUGGCUAAUAUCUUUGGCAAUACCUUCAACAUGCCUCAACCAGCCAACAUGUCUGAUUAUAAAUUAUUUGAUGUUGAAAUUAAAUAUGGUUUGAUGCAAUUGGCUGAAGGCUUGGCUUUUUUACAUAAUGAUGUCAGAUUAUUGCACGGUAACAUAUGUCCUGAAUCUAUAAUUAUUAACAAAUCUGGAGUAUGGAAAAUUUUUGGUUUUGACUUUUGUAUUCAUAAUACAAACCCACCGAAUUCAGCACCCUCUUUUCCCUUCGAGGACUAUAACAUGAGUUUGCCUCCUAUAUGCCGUCCAAACUUAGAUUAUGUGGCACCAGAAAAGAUAAUUGACCAGAAACAUGGAAUUUCAAGCGACAUAUUUUCCCUUGGGAUGCUAUGUUACACGCUGCAUUCUACGGGUAAUAAACCUUUAAUGCCAGUAGAAACCAUGCAACAGUAUCGCUCACGAGUACAACAAUUGAAAAGUUUAUCUGAUAAUAAGUUACAGUGUCUUCCUGAGCCUCUUAGAGGAAAUGGUAAAUUGAUGCUCAGUCCUUCACAGUCUGAUAGGCCAGAUGCUCAUCAGUUUAUCAAGAUUCGUUAUUUUGAUGACCUUGGAAUUAAAACACUACAAUAUUUAGAUUCCCUUCUACAGUGGGAUAAUGUUCAGAAGUCCCAAUUUUAUAAGAGUUUACCUGCAGCUUUGCCAAACUUACCGCAAAGGGUGAAGGUACAGAGAGUUCUUCACUGUUUAACUAGAGAUCUGACUCAGCCUGUUAUGGUGCCUUUUAUUCUUCCUAGUGUUAUGGACAUUGCUAAGGGUUGUACAAAAGAAGAAUAUUGUUUAUAUGUGUUACCACAUUUGAAACCCCUGAUGAAAAUAAUGGACCCAAUUCAGGUUAUACUAAUUUUUCUACAAAAUAUGGAACUUCUCCUGAAGAUGACUCCAGCAGAAUCCAUCCAACAAGACGUACUUCCAAUGCUGUAUCGAGGCUUGGAUUGCGAUGUAGCUAAGAUCCAUGAAUUGUGCCUUUCUGUGCUGCCCACAUUCGCUGGAUUGUUAGAUCAUGCAAAUGUCAAAAACCAUCUCCUCCCAAGAAUAAAGAGGCUAUGCCUCGGCACAAAUUCUUUAUCUGUACGAGUAAACUGUUUGCUGUGUAUCGGUGGAUUGUUGGAGCACUUGGACAAGUGGUUAGUCAUUGAUGAAGUUUUGCCGUUUAUGCCACAAAUCACUUCUAGAGAGCCUGCUGUACUGAUGGGCAUUUUAGGUAUUUACAAGCUGACCCUGACUCAUAAAAAAUUGGGGAUCAGUAAGGAAAUAAUUGCCUCCAGGAUAUUGCCGUUUCUUAUGCCAUUAUGCAUUGAAAAUAGUUUAUCUCUACCGCAGUUUAAUGCUCUUAUAACUCUUGUGAAGGAUAUGCUCAGUAUUGUUGAAAGUGAACAUCGUACCAAAUUAGAGCAGCUAAAUGCGGUUAAGGAUCAGCAGAAAAUUCUAACAUCAACAAUGCCCACCCCAGUUGCGGAUCGAAAAUCUCCUGAUUUAGGACAAGCUUUCACCGGUUUGGGCUUAGAUUCUUACGUCCCCAGUCCCAGUAAACCAGAAACAAAAGUUGAGUCUACUGCUGGUUUUACUGGAUCAAUAGAACCAGUCAAAAGUGUUCCUAAAAUUGAAAAUAAAGUGAAUGUGCCAGUUCUGCAACCAGCUAAGUCUCUUGCAAGUCCCGAAAGCAAAAUAAAUGUUGGUCAGAUUCCUACAAAUCCUUCCUAUUCCUCCAACAAUCCUUGGUCUGCGAAUAACAACUUUGCAUCGCCAGUAUCGCAAAACAAACAAUUCAACGUUGUAUCUCCUAUAACAUCUCCAACGAAUACGAUGCAGGUAUCUGAUUUCAAGCAACCAUUCGGCGGUGCCAAUCAAAAUAGGAAUACGUUAACAGAUAUGAACAGUUUUUCUACAUUCCAAUCAAAUCAGUUCAAUCGUAAACCAACACAAGGGAACUGGUCUGCACUAGAUAAUUUAUUACCUACAUCGAAUUCCAACCAAAAAGUUCCUUUGAAUCAGAUGAUGAGUAAUGCACCUUUGUUACCGACAAAUGUAAACAGAAACGGAAAUGUGUCUAAUAAAAAUAACAAUGGGGUGGCACUCUCUAAAGAUGAGAUAAAGGAUUUAUUGAGUUAAUUAUUAAUGUGUGAAUAAUAAUGAAUUUUAUCGGAUAUAGGUUGUAUAAUCUAAAGUAAUAACAUUGUGAUGUCUGUUUUAAUUGUCAUUUUACUCUUGCUUACCAGAUUCUUCAAAAUAGUUUGCACGCUUAUGGUAAUUUAAUUGAUAAAAUAAAAAAAUUGUAGAGACUGUCAGGUUUUUUCAGUUUUUCAAUGAGUAUUAGUGACUUGCUGAAAUAAUUAAAAAUAUGGAUGCAAACUGUUCACAUUUAAGUCAUUUAAAAAUGUUCUUUAAAACAUUCCAUAUAUAUUUGUGAUAAGUAUUUUUAUUUUAUAAUGUUGAGUUGUUAUGGAUUUAAUGUGUUUUUCACCUUGAAUUAUUGCAUAAUUGUUGCUUUAUUAUGUUUAUUUUAUUUGAUGAAGACUGCUUUUGAAAUUUACCCAAUAAAGUGUUGAAAAUAUUAA